UUGUUUUUACUUCGCAAAAUCAAACAACACCAAUAAACACAAGUCACAAAAUAAAAUCACUUUUACACGUUUUGCGUUCAUUGUAUGUUGUGUUUUAGAUAUAGAACAAUGAAAGUUUAAUGCUGUCCACUUAGUGUAAGGUAACUUGGUCGUGGAGACUUGAAGGAAGUGAUUAGGAGCUUAAAAUCAGAAUGUAGCGCUUAGUCAAGUUCCAUAAACGAGUUUUCCAAAUUUGUGAUAUCGAUCUUUGUCUAGUGUAAUUUAAUAAAGACUCAAAAUGUCAGUGGUUAAAGCAAAAGCCCUUGUGAAAAUGGAAGUUAUCCAAGUUGGUGAAUACGAAUUCACCAAGCAAGAUAUAAUAGGACAUGGAGCCUUCGCCAUGGUAUACAAAGGAAGGAAAAGAAAGAAUCCGUCGCAAUCGGUGGCAGUGAAAGUGGUCACAAAGAAAGGCAUACAAAAGGCGUCGGAGAUCCUCGUGAAGGAGAUAAAAAUCCUGCGCGAGCUGACUGCGCUUCACCACACGAACCUCGUCGCAAUGCACGACUGCAUGGACAGUCCAGCUUAUGUCUAUGUAGUGAUGGAGUAUUGCAAUGGGGGCGACCUGGCGGACUACCUACAAGCGAACAGGCUGCUCAGCGAAGGCACCAUCCGCACGUUCCUGCGCCAGCUGGCGGAGGCGAUGCGCGCCAUCCACGCCAAGGGCAUCGUGCACAGGGACCUCAAGCCGCAGAACAUCCUCCUCACGCACAGCGUCAUGCCGCCGCGCACGCCGCACCCCACCGAGAUUACCCUUAAAAUUGCGGACUUCGGCUUCGCGAGGUUUUUAGAAGAAGGAAACAUGGCGGUCACGCUGUGUGGAUCACCUAUGUAUAUGGCGCCCGAAGUUAUAAUGUCACUAAAGUACGACGCAAAAGCCGACCUAUGGAGCCUCGGCACCAUAGUGUACCAGUGCCUGACAGGCAAAGCGCCCUUCCAAGCUACCACGCCUCACGAACUCAAAGCGUUCUACGAGAACAGUGUCGACCUACAACCUAAAAUGCCCUCCGGCACCAGUCCAGAGCUAUGCAACCUGCUGAUUGGUCUCCUCCGUCGCAACGCGCGGGAACGCAUGCCCUUCGAAGUGUUCUUCAAUCAUCCGUUCCUACAGCGGCCCAGGACCACGUCCAUCACAAGUUUGGACUCGGACCUGCCUGACAUAUUGGAGAGCGUAAUCGAAGGCUGUGUUGAAACUAACUGUAUCCUUGAAGAAUCCUGGGACAGUCGGGAAACCAGUUCGAACAGCGCCCUCCCGACGACGUCCGCGCCGCGCGCGCCCUUGCCGCAGUCGCAGCCGCAGCCGGUUGUGCAACCGGCCAAGAAACCAAAACCCUCCUCGUCCACGGAUUCAUCAGAUCUGUGGCCGGGCGCGGAGGACUUCGUAGUGGUGGACGCGGACAGCGGGUCGGCGGACGGCUCGCACACGUCACACGGCUCGCACGGCUCAUCAGCGUCCGAAGCGGCGCCGCGCCCGCGCUCGCUGGCACUGCAGGCGCCGCCCGACGCUCCUGCCGACGCUCCCGCGCCGCCUGCGCACGCUCUCGACACUGCGUCCAAUGCACCGCCCACACGAAACCCGGCGAGCGCGUGCGACGUGCCGCGCUCGCAGCCCAUAGACGUGCUGCGCUCGAACCACAACCGAAACGCCGCCAACAUCGGCUCGCUCUCUCCGCCCACUGUACCGUUCACAAUGGGGACUCCCCCUUCGACUCGCAGACGAAGCGCCUCCGGGAGCUCCCCGCCGCCGUCGCUGUGGCAGGUCUCUCCGACCAACAGUCCUUCAUACAGGAGAUCAGGGUCUUCGCCGCCGGUGACACUGGCAGCGCUGAAGGCGAGCGGCGAGGCGUCGCCCAAACGUGGCGCACUGCCCGACGCGCUGCUGCGUGGCAUCAAGAUGCACCACGACCCGCCCGUCUACAUACCCAACCUGCAGGAGGAGACCAUCCUAGCGGUGAGUACACAGUACAAGCGUGGCGCCCUGCCCGACGCGCUGCUGCGUGGCAUCAAGAUGCACCACGACCCGCCCGUCUACAUACCCAACCUGCAGGAGGAGACCAUCCUAGCGGUGAGUACACAGUACAAGCGUGGCGCACUGCCCGACGCGCUGCUGCGUGGCAUCAAGAUGCACCACGACCCGCCCGUCUACAUACCCAACCUGCAGGAGGAGACCAUCCUAGCGGUGAGUACACAGUACAAGCGUGGCGCACUGCCCGACGCGCUGCUGCGUGGCAUCAAGAUGCACCACGACCCGCCCGUCUACAUACCCAACCUGCAGGAGGAGACCAUCCUAGCGGUGAGUACACAGUACAAGCGUGGCGCACUGCCCGACGCGCUGCUGCGUGGCAUCAAGAUGCACCACGACCCGCCCGUCUACAUACCCAACCUGCAGGAGGAGACCAUCCUAGCGGUGAGUACACAGUACAAGCGUGGCGCACUGCCCGACGCGCUGCUGCGUGGCAUCAAGAUGCACCACGACCCGCCCGUCUACAUACCCAACCUGCAGGAGGAGACCAUCCUAGCGGUGAGUACACAGUACAAACGUGGCGCACUGCCCGACGCGCUGCUGCGUGGCAUCAAGAUGCACCACGACCCGCCCGUCUACAUACCCAACCUGCAGGAGGAGACCAUCCUAGCGGUGAGUACACAGUACAAGCGUGGCGCACUGCCCGACGCGCUGCUGCGUGGCAUCAAGAUGCACCACGACCCGCCCGUCUACAUACCCAACCUGCAGGAGGAGACCAUCCUAGCGGUGAGUACACAGUACAAGCGUGGCGCACUGCCCGACGCGCUGCUGCGUGGCAUCAAGAUGCACCACGACCCGCCCGUCUACAUACCCAACCUGCAGGAGGAGACCAUCCUAGCGGAGGAGCACAGCAAGGUAUUCUCACAGUUGAACUUUGUGCUGAUGCUCGCCGAGCUGCUGAGCGACCUCGCCGUGUCGUGCGGCGCGCCGCUCGCCGCGCUCAUGGACGCCUCGGACGAGAGGAGCAACGAGAGCGUGCGGCUCGGGCUGCUGGUGCAGGCGAUGCAGGCGCUGGCGGCCGGCCUGCGGCUCGCCGCCGCGCACUACCGCUCGCGCACGCUGCAGCCCACGCCGCAAGUGCGCAACGUUGUAUCUCUGAUGAACGGAAAGUACAAAUGGAUCGUGAACGAGUCACGUCGGCUGCACGAAGCCGGUGUGACGCCAGCUGUAUGUGAUAAAAUACUCUACGAACACGCUAUCGAAUUAUGCCAAAUGGCUGCAAUCGAGGAGUUGUUCGGCGACGUGAAGGAGUGCGAGCGGCGCUACAUGUCCGCGCAGGUGCUGCUGCACUCGCUGGUGCAGCGCCACCCGCUGCAUCCGCACCACCGCACCACCCUCUCCAAGUACCGGGACGCAGUUCAAAGGCGACUCAACUGCCUCAAGGGGCCGCGGAAAAUUAUGGACGUGAAGUUAGAGGCCGGGAUCUCAUAAUGCAAUAAGACAUCUUUACCUAGAAAUAAGUACACAAGAAACGCAAGACGAGAAGUGAUUUUAUUUUGUUUAAAAAAAAUGACUUGCAGUGAUAAACUAUUUAAAAAAGUGUAUAAAAGGUUUAUAAGUGAACAAUAUCAAUACAAAGUAAUCCUCUACACAUCUGUUGUUUAGCGAUGAAGAUUAACAGAGAUUGCAAUAGUGAGUUAUAUUUUUUUAACUGUAUGUAGCGAUGUUUUCUUGCAAGUGAUAGGAUAUACUAGAAACCCCUAGAGAGUGUAGUGUAAAGAUUUUAGUACAGCUUAAUAUAAAUUUUAAGUAGAUAAUUGUGUCAUUAUGCUGUCCCCACAAAUUGUUCAUGGUUGUAAUUAUUGAAAUAGUCCUAAUUAUACUUCUAUAUACAUAUUAUGUACUCCAGAUUCAGAUUUCAGAUAUUAUAUUCAGCUUCAGCUGAGUGCCAGCACUUAUUACUUUAAUUUAAACGAACAUACAAAUAUACUUCAGCCACCAUUGACACUUUUUAGAGUUUAAAUAUUAUAAAAUUAAAAUAUAAAAAAAAACACCAUAGAAAGUGUAGAAUGGUUUUUCGAAAAUAUCGUAAUUAUUGUAUUACAUUUUAUUAUGCUAUACAUAUUUGUAGUGUUAUUUAAAGUGCAAAAUAUGGAAUAUCUCAAAGUGGACAUGAUAGAGAGAUCUCAUUAUCGACCAAUAAAUAACAAUAUGGCAUUUUUAGGUUAAGUUGAAAAAUGAUUUAAGUAUUUUUUGAAAAAAAAUCAGUAUAAAAAAUUAUUUGUCUAUAUACUCACAACAAAUUAUGUUAUUUUGCCAAAUUGUGAUUAUUAUCAUUGUGUAUUUCUUUUUCAGAAAGUUCAAUGCUUUACCGAAAUAAGAAUAAAGACUGUUGUAAUAUAAA